AUGCCCGGCCGGUUUGCACAACUGCUGUCGAUCCUGAUCGAUCCAUUGCGAUGGCCAGAAAACCUAUUGCAAAAAACUUUGAAUGAUUGCAAGGGAUACUUUCUGGAAUUCUUCGCACCGCCGAGGUCUGAGAGUGAGCGGAAGGUGGUCGAGUCUGGGAGAGCGGUAUUUGAUGGAGAAGAGCAGAACGUAUCCGAAGAUGUGAAACAGGCUAUCUUAUCAUUGGCGAAAGAACUGGAUGUCUCCGAAUAUCUAUGCGCCGCUCUUCUUGGAGAAGUAUUGGACGACCCCACCCGCCCAGCGGAAAAUCUCGCCGUAGAAAAUGCGCUCAUGCGAUAUCACUCUGAGCGUGCGGAUUGUCUCCGAUGCCUGAAAGCUAUCUUCGUUGGCGCCUUGAAUACGGACUACGAUGGCAGCGUUGGGGGCAUUCUCCGCGACUUCACCUUUAGUCUGCUAAGGGAGCGGGCCACUUUCCUUGCAGACCUCCUCAAGAGUAUCGAUAGAGGCAAAAUAUUGCUAGCUGUGCAGCAGGCGGCGCUGCGAGAUGUUGCUGCACCAGCCCCUUCUGCAUUCGGGACCUUCCAGCAAUCAAGUACGUCGACAACCGCGCAGCAGAAGCUUGGAACUGCUACCCUGGAGCAACGAAUCAAGUUCAUCGCCAAAGAUCGUCGAGAACUGGGCCAUAUCCUCUUUUACAUAGCCAGCGCGCUCCUGCUUGCCCCCGCAGAUGUCUUUACCAUUGUCAAAUGGCUCAAGACUUGCAGUCCACAGGAUGAACUCGUUGUCUAUGCCUUCUCUGCAUUCUCAGCUGCCCUCAAUGUCAACACUACGGUGCCGUCGGAAGCCAUGCUCUCUGUCAUAUAUGGUGAUCCUGCAAGCAUGACUGCCAUUUCCAGCGAGCUGAAACAGACUUGGACGAUCCCCCAGUUGGCUAGUGCUGUUUCGCUACAAUGGGCGAUCUCAUUGGUUCACGCUCCCACCCACGCGUCUCCUCUUCGUAGCGUCGGCGUGUCAAAGCCGGAUCCAGAGCGUUUGAUCCUCGAUGCAAUCCACGGCAACGCGAUCCAGUACCUGACGAACAUAAUCAUCACGUGUCGACCGUCUUCAUUUCACGAUGAAGACAGCAUUCCCCUCCCCGAUCAGCCGGCCGAUUCCCCCGGAAUUAUCCCCCCCAUCGAGCCAGACUUCCACUUCUAUGCUUUACGACAGUUGGAGCUGUUCACCGUAAACCUCCUCAAUUCUGUCUCGACUGCAUUUCUUCGAAAGCUUCGACACGCUGAGGAAGAUGCAGACAAACCAAACCCACGACUGCAAGCAACCCGCUCAACCAGGCUGGCUGCAGAACCGGCAGAACAGCGACGCGAUGUCGCCGCACUUCUUGGUCUCAUUGCCGUUAUAUAUGGCGAUAGCCAAGCAAACGCUGGUUUGAUAUUCUGGCAAGAUCCAGAUAGCAAGCUCGCAAGUUUUCUACGUUGGGCAGCCGAAACUGCUGCUCCGGCACUGGUCCGGGCCAACUUUGACAUGUUGGCGUCACUCUCCAAAGGUCAGAGUUGCAGCAUGUAUGGAAACGAAUUCUUGGCUGUUCGAUCACGAGGUGCUGGGGCUACACCACAAUCUGCGACGAUUGUCUGCUCCUGGACGAGCAUAUUCAGCACGAUCACAUAUUAUCAAGAUGAACUCAGACAAAGUCGACUGAAUGCUGGUGCCGACCGACAUGUCCUCGAAGCAUUGAGCCGAGCCGACUCGAUCGAAUUUCCGUAUCUCAUGGCAGUCAUGCGUCUUGUGCGGAUCAUUGUUCGAGAUUGCCCACUCGCCAGGGCCACUUUGAACAGCCCUCAACUUGGCGCAGCGAAUCUUAUAUGCUCGUUAUCAUUCUCGUUGCCAUCAUUAGACUUGCAGGGCGCACUGUGGGCUGCUUUGUCAUCAUUCUGUGCGGGGAGUGACGUGGGCGCCAUUGAGACGGCCAGAAUGAUGUGGGUUCGCUUGGAGAAUGCAGGCAUUAUCCCGUACUUCAAUGUGAAUAGCACGGCUACCCAAGGGUCCGAGAAUCUCUGGCAGUCUAUGGCAAGUGGGCCACAGAUACGUGAGGGUCUCGUGAUGGCUUUGGAAGACACUGAAGCUACCAACGGCUCUUACCCUGCUACGAUAGCUUUCACAAAUCUGCUCAGUUCCAUGGUCCAUGUUCCCGACCAUUCCCUCAGUUUGCGGCCACGUGUCGUAUACCAAACAGUACCCGAAUCGGUAGCACCUGAGCGGUUGGGUCGACACAAAGGCAUUGACGCUUUCAUCCGAUUCGAGCUGGACGAUGUUUUCUACAAGAUUGGUCAACGGCGAUACUGUACUAACGACGAGAGAUGGAAGGUCAUAGAUGCAUGCCUCACAUUUGUCGAAAAAUGCCUCAAGAGCUAUGACAUUCUCGGACUGCUUACCCCGGGCGUUGCGCAAGCUCAAGACGCCACUCGAAGCAAACUUGUCCUCACAGCCCUCCUUAUUCAUCCAGGUUUCGAAAUUCUCCGUCGAUUGUCUAUGGACACCAUUCUCGCCACCAACCUCUUCGAGAUUAUCAGCGAAGGGUCAGCUUAUAUUGAUGUCGCUGAUACUCCGACACCUCUGGCGGAACGCUCUGUGAAAAGCGCCCUGCGAAUACUACAUCGCGCCCUCGAUAUUCAACCAAUGUACUUGGAGGUCCUAUGGCCUAUUCUGUCUGGCACCGACGACCCACAGCUUCGAAACAUCCUGCGCGCAUCAGGCCUCAACAUGGCAUACAGCCACUCCUCACUGGACCACCAACUCUUGCGAGUACCUUCCACGGUUGAACGGAUAGCUAUGGCCGUAGGCAGAGUGCAGGACGAAGAGACUGUUCUUCUCGCAGUCAAGGUUCUCAGCUUGUUGAGCGAUUCCCCAGUAUUCAACGCAGCAGAUAACUCACGUGCGGGUGCACACGGAACGAGAUUAGCGACAAUCCUGAACAGUAGCAGCUUCUCCCUGCAAAUUCUAGAUGUUUUUUCUCUUGCCCUUGCGACUGAGUCACCGGAAGGUGAAGACGACGAGCAAGAUCUUAACGUGGUUUUACGACAUCUUACGAACACGGACUCACAACAACAAACCCUACUGCAACCUGUCAUACGAUCAGCCAUUCUCGAAUUGUUGCGUGCGAAUACCUCAAAGGAUCGGCCGGCACCAAACGUGGCUCAUUUUCUGCUUGGUUUCAAUGUAGACGCCGCAGGCAGCCCUGACUCUUUACUGGCAAAAUCUAGAAAAAGUGUUCGCACUUGCUUGGACGUGUUGCUGGAUUUGCUGUUCGAAGGAUUCCCGGCCGCUGGUACCGUUCACUCUGUGGGGCAGCAGUUCUUGGUCCGACAACCUCGUCUAGCCGAGCAAUGUUAUCGAUUACUCUACAACCUUUGCCUGCACGAUUGGACAUCCGAUGUCGUGCUGCGAUAUCUCCGUACCGAAUAUGAUUUCGCCGCUCGACAGCUAUUCCACAUUCCGCAGAGGCCGAUACCCACCCCCCGGUCCAGCGGAACAGUGCGAUUCAAUGAUCGUACCGAGGUGGCCUCAACCUGCGGGAAUGCGACAGCAUUCUUGAGAGCAAGAUCAUGGCUUCUGGACAUCCUCUCGCUCGAGUUGCAUCUCCUAGUAGAGUGUGGUCAAAAGCAACGGGCAGCCCGUCUUAUCAGCGUCAUGUUUGGUGGCGAUUUGAUCUCCAUAGAUCCCGAUUUCGACUUCAGCAGUUUCGACGUCGAUUCGGUUAGGCUCCGUCAACAUUCCGAGCUUGUACUAGAACUGCUGCGAUCUUUAGAUAUCCAGUGGCUGGAUAAUCUUAAGGAUACGGAGGGCCCUUUGAAAUACUAUACUGCCCUGGAAGUGGAUGGUUGCCUUCGAAUCGACGACUCCGAUUGUGAGAUCUACGAUGCGGAUGCGAUAGUGUUACUCGUAAACACUAUACGAAAGCGAUUGGAGCUGCAGGGUGCAAUGAGCACCUAUGAUCAACGCGCAGCAUUCGAUCAAGACUCGAUCAAGCUGAUCAAGCGCGUGGCGAUCGACAACAACCAUCGCGGGAUGCAACACAGCAAGGAAAGGGGUCUAAGGUCUUGGCGUCGUAUGGUGGAGGUUUCUCUUGGUCCCAGUUUCGAGCUGCUACGACAGGAUCAGCGAGAAGCUGCCAUUCUCGAUCUUCUUCUGACAAUACCCGAGCGAGUACCAGGAGUUGAUGGUGCUCUGCGGACCCCCAUUCUCUCAGAACUUCUGUUGACUCUAGUCACCAAGCUGCGAGACGGGCGACAAACUGUCUCCGACUUCAGCGCUUCCUUAGAUCUGUUCACGGUUGGCGAAUCUGGUUUCCCGAAUGAUCAAGUCACUCAGAUUCUCCGCAAUCUCAUUGAGGCGUUAUUGGUGACCGGCUCAACCGAUGCCAUGCGAGGCAACUUAUACUCCGCAAUAACGAAUUGUAUUCACCUGACAACCAGUGGGGAACAAUCACAAGUCCUUCAAGUGUCUCUCGAUGGGAGACAGGACAGGCUUAUCGCACUCGUGGCGCGAGACGCGUUAGGGUCCGUAUACGUUUGGCAAGCAGUGGCAUAUUCACUGCUCGAAGUCCUCGUGUCUGCCUCUUCAUCUGAUCGAUCAGGUGGUUCUGUCGGAACACUUCUGAGCUACAUGCAACAAUUCGUAUUGUCAAUCAAGACCACGGAAGGAGACCUUUUUGCAGCCCUUGCGCCUGACGCAGACACCUUGGACUCUCUGUACGUUUACGAGGCCAAGAUGGGUCUUAUUCUAGCUCUGGUUAAGCGGGGAAACUGCGACGAAUCCCUGGCUCACCAAAUAUUUAACACACUGGCUGAGUGUGACUUCAUCAAGGCGAUGCCACAUGAGGAAGAUGAUGCUAUGGAGCUAGACUCGUUCCUUCCAUCGCUCACGGAGCGAUAUCAUCAACUUCUGCUGCCAGCGCUCCAACUGGCAAUAAGUGUCUUAGCCAGUUCACCGCGACCAUCGAAUGCACUGGCCCAGUCUAUUUUAUCUUUCCUGAAUGGCCAGCGAGAAGUUCUGAUGGUCUUACUGACCUCAGUCGGGUCUCUGACAUUAGUCAUGCUAAGAGAAGUGAACAUGGUCCUGUCAUUGGCUAUCAGCAUUUUACCUACCUUAAAGGUGGAAGACCUGAAACAGGACGCACGGUUUGGUUCUUAUCACCUAGCGAUCAUGCGAGCAAUAGACGAUUCCAUGUCGGACAAAGCACAAGUAGAUAUCACACCAGCAACGGAACAGGAACGCAUUGAUGACCAGCGUCGUUUUCCUCUUUAUCGAAAACAAGUCAGUGUCUUCCGCCAAAACGUGCAAAUAGCAUUAUGUCAGCUUCACGAAUAUUCGUUGCUGUAUCAGACAGCCGUUAUGGAAAUGCAGGGCUUUACUCCAGUCGUUGCGCCGUCAAAAUCCAACCCCGCCUUGUACAAUCUGAAACAACGAGGUCCACUGCCUCUCCUAGCGACAGUCUUGAAGAUCCUGAAGGCUAGCGUAACCUCCAUGGGGAACUCGGUCUCGUUCGUGGAAGAGCUUAACAACGCCUUAAUGGCAGCAGAAGGGUUGACUGACAAUGAGAUAGACGAGCUCCUCCGAAUCGCGGGUCUGGAGCCGGAGAACGUGACCGAGGAUGAUGAAGCGAUACGGGUUGCGACCGAAACGCUCAAAAAAUCCGUAAUGUGGGCGCAGAAUGACUGUCUAUCACGUCUAAGAACGGUAGAGAUGCUGGUCUAUCUUGUCUGGCGGCACAUGGAUAUGUACAUCCACCAAGCGCCUGCAGACCAGAACCUCAAGAUGCGCAUAAUAGAGAGUGUUCCCUCUUGGGAUCCAAAUGAAGUCCGCUCCCUCGCACGAAGGGAGCUGGCGCCCUCGGGUGGUGCGGUUGGCGAACUGAUCAAAGGCAGCACCGGCUAUCUUCAGAUACUGGGCCGCAAGAUCCAGGAAACGAUCGGAGACCAAUUUGGGCUCACAGCGUCUGUAAACGGGUUCGCUCCGUAUGCUUCAAGAUAG